AUGGACGACGAUGAGCGCAUGGACGACGCCGAGGACGCGCCCGAGCCACAACUGCCUUUGUCUGAAGAUGAGAGGCUCGUCCUCGAACUAUACGACAAAUUGCAGCAGAUACAACUCGAAAUCGCCAUUGUCGAUGCCCAGAAAGCAUAUCAGUCAGCCCCGACAGACGACACACCAGAAGCGCUGGCCGCUGCUCAGGAAGCCUUGUUGCAGGCACGUUCCAAGUACAAGCUACGAAACGACGCCGUCGAGCUCAUCAUGAUGGCCAAUCCCGUGCUCAAGGCCGUCCACGGCGGCACAAACGCAUCUCCCAUAGAACGCGAUUUGCUACCUUACAUUGUCAAGCGCGAUGACGCCGCCGUCCAGGUCGCCAGAUCCGCGGCGCAAGCCCAGAAAUCUCGCGACGCCCUCACCGACGUGCAGGUGGAGACGCUGCGCGUGUGCCGGCGCAACGUCAACCUGACGAGCAAGCUGUUCGACCUCGCGGGGCAGCUCAAGGAGCGCAAGGCCGUGAACUGGGACGGCGGGGAGGAGGCGCUCCGGGUGCGCGACGAGAAGCGCAAGUGGCGCGCGGUCAAGGGCGCGGCGAGCGGCAUUGUGGCCGGUAGCGGUGUUGACUGGGUGUCGGACGAGGCGCUGCGCGACAUGGUGCUCGAUCCGGAAGAUGAUGACUAG